CGCUUUGCAUGCGAGAGGGUUUUUUUUGGUGGAGAAAGAGGAGUAGAGAGAAGAAGCAAAGAUGGAGAUGGCAGCUCAAAUCUCUCAGUUGCUGAAUCAGACUCUCAGCCCCGAUUGCGGAGUGGUGCGUGUAGCUACUGAAGCUCUCGAUGCCCUCUCACUCCUUCCACCCUUCCCUUUCUCUAUCCUCUCCAUCACCAUCGAAGGUGAAAAUCAAGGUCAAAAAUUGGCGGCAGCCACAUACCUUAAGAAUUUGACUUGGCGGAAGAUCGAUGAGGGAGUAAGUAAGGAGUUCAAAGACCAGCUUUUGCGUGCUUUGCUCCUCGUCGAACAACCUCUUCUCAAAGUUUUGACUGAAGUGUUCCAUAUUGUUGUAUCCGCCGAUGUUGUUAAGCAGAAUUCCUGGCCAGAGCUUGUGCCAGACCUUCGUUCUGCUAUCCAGAAUAGUACUCUUAUUACCAAUUCUGCUGAGUCUAAUUGGAACACCAUCAAUGCCCUUACAGUUCUUCAUGCUCUUCUCAGGCCUUUCCAGUAUUUCUUAGACCCUAAACUUGCCAAGGAGCCUGUACCGAUGCAGCUGGAGCAAAUCUCAAAAGAAAUACUCGUUCCAUUGUUAUCUUUAUUUCACCAAUUUGUUGAGAAGGAGAUCAAAGUAAAUACUACAAGGGAUGGGACCGAGGAGACAGAGAAGACACUUCUUCUUAUAUCAAAAUGCAUAUAUUUUGCUGUGAGGUCACAUAUGCCAUCUUCAUUAGCUCCACUUCUGCCUUCAGUCUGUCAUGAUCUAAUUGACAUUCUUGGCUCUCUGAGCUUUGAUUAUAAGGCUACUAUUGAGAGUAAGUACUUGAUGAGGUUGAAGACUGGGAAGAGAAGUUUGCAAAUAUUUUGUGCCCUGGUUACACGUCACCGGAAGUAUUCCGAUAAGUUAAUGCAACGCAUGAUAGACAGUGCUUUAAACAUAGUGAAGCAUAGUAAAAAUAUCAGUAAGCUUGAAUUUUUACAAGAGCGGAUUGUUUCAUUAGCUUUUGAUGUGAUUUCACGUGUACUGGAGACGGGCCCUGGAUGGAGAUUAGUCGCACCCCACUUUUCGUUAUUGUUAGAAACUGCAAUCUUUCCAGCAUUAGUAAUGAAUGAAAAGGAUAUCACUGAGUGGGAAGAAGAUGCGGAUGAGUUUAUAAGAAAGAAUCUUCCAUCUGACCUGGACGAAGUUUCUGGAUGGAAGGAUGAUCUGUUUACAGCCAGAAAAAGUGCAAUAAAUUUACUUGGCGUGAUUGCUAUGUCAAAGGGUCCUCCAGUAAGAACUUCUUCAACUUCAUCAAAGCGAAAGAAAGGUGAAAAGAACAAGGGAAAUAGUCGACACAGCUCUAUUGGCGAAUUGUUGGUUCUUCCCUUCCUUUCAAAGUUUCCCAUUCCAUCUGGAAAUAAUGAAACUGGCAACUUAAACAAUUAUUUUGGUGUUUUGAUGGGGUACGGUAGUCUGAUUGAUUUUCUUAGGGAGCAAGAACCGAGACACAUUACAAAUUUGGUUCAGAUGCGGCUACUUCCAUUGUAUAGGUCAUCAGUAUGUCUACCAUACUUAAUGGCUCCUGCAAAUUGGGUACUUGGAGAGCUAGCCUCCUGUUUGCCUGAAGAAAUAAGUGCAGAUGUAUAUUCUUCAUUACUUCAUGCAUUAGCUGUCCUUGAUGAAGGGGAUACUUCUUGUUAUCCUGUGAGGGUUUCUGCUGCUGGGGCAAUUGCAGAACUUCUUGAAAAUGAAUAUCUGCCUCCUGAUUGGCUUCCUCUUCUUCAAGUUGUGAUUGGUAGAAUUGGUAUUGAUGAUGAAGAUAGCUCUGUAUUGUUUCAACUUCUCAGUUCUGUUGUUGAAGCGGGAAAUGAAAAUGUUGCAAUUCAUAUCCCAUUCAUUGUUUCAUCAUUGGCUGGUACAAUUUCGAAGUGCAUACCUCCUAAUCCGGAGAAGCCAUGGCCUCAAAUGGUUGAAAAGGGCAUUGCAGCCUUAGCCGUGAUAGCUCAAUCUUGGGAAAACUCUCUCUCUGAAGAAUCUGAGGACUCUAGUGAAAAGUGGGCGUCUGGUCGAGCUGCUGUGGGCAGAUCAUUUUCAGCUCUUCUGCAACAGGCUUGGUUUACACCUGCAAUUCCAUUGAAAGACGACAUAGAUGAGGUUUCUACUUUAUCUUCCAUAAAUGAUGCUUCAACACUACUGCGAUCCAUCAUGCUAUCGGUUACUGAAAGCAAUGCAAUUUCGAAGCUUAAAUUGCCGGAGCUAUUAUUACUUUGGGCUAAUCUGAUUGCCGAAUGGAAUUUGUGGGAGGAAUCAGAGGAUAUGUCAGUUUUCGAUUGCAUUCAAGAAGUUGUUAGUCUACAAAACAGAUAUAAGUUAAAAGAGUUUUUUGUAAGGCCAAUUCCUUCUCCCAACCAGCAUGUUCCUAAACGUUCGAUAAUAGAAGGCAUCGGUGCUUUUGUAAGUGAGGCAAUUUCACAAUAUCCAUCUGCAAUGUGGAGAGCUUGCUCUUGUGUUCAUAUGUUGCUCACACUCCCAAGAGAUUCAGUUGAAAUCGAGGGUGUGAUGCAGUCAUUGGCAGUUGCUUUUUCUGGGGUUGCAUUUUCUCGGUUUAAUGAGCUUCAGAGUAAACCUUGUUCACAAUGGAAGCCCUUGUUGCUCUCCUUAACAUCAUGCUAUUUGUGCUGUCCUGAUCUUGUAGAGAGAUCAUUGAACAAAGAUGUCAAUGGAGGUUUAGAAAUCUGGGCAUCUGAAUUGUCGAAAAUCUGCAGUAGAUCAAAUGAAGCUUGCCCGACAAUGGAGUCUGAGAUAAGGCUGAUUGUUAUGGCACUGGCCAAGAUAAUUGAAAGGCACGUGGAAUCAGGGAAACCCCGUGAUAGUUUGUUAGAGGAAUGCUUUACUUCAUUAAUGGAGGCAUCCGUUCGGUUUAAAGAAAUUCAGGAAGAAGAGGCUGAAGAAGAUGAAGACAAUGGAGAGGUCGGAAGUGAUGAAGAAGAAGAUGAUGACGAUGAUGAUGAAACUGACGAUGAUGACGAUGAGGAUUCCGAGGCUGAGGAACUUGAAGAAACUGAGGAAGAGUUUCUUAAUAGGUAUGCAAAAGUAGCUGUUGCUUUGGAAGAAGGUACAGUCAUGGAAGAGGAGGAGGAUUUGGAUGACCAAGAUGGUGAUGAUGAUGAGAUUGAAUUGGGUUAUUUGAAGGAUGUUGAUCUGCAAAAGGUUGUGCUAUCAAUAUUUGAGAGAUAUCAUCCCAUUUUGAUUCAAGGACAACCGAUGCCGACCGAGAUAUACACAAGCUUUGUUGACUCCUUCCCUCAAUUUAAUUUAUUUUUUCAAAAAUUGUAAGUGUUGUGAUUAUGAUGCUUGUGAAAUUAGUUUCAAUUAUUAUGAGAGUGUUUAGUUACAAGUUUUGAUAGGAUUUUUAGUCUGCUUUGAAUAUUUAAGCAAAGUGGUAAGAUGGGCCUGGGGAUGUAAUAAAAUAUUAAUAAGGAUGGAGUUUGGUGGGGCCGGCCACUUGCUCUGGCUUUAAGAGACAAGAAGAAGCACGUUGUGUGGGUGUGGGUGUGGGUGUGGGUGUGGAGUCUGUGGACUAAGUACAAAGCUUGAUUGAAGCAUAAAGUAGUUGUUAUUUUAUUGCAUGAAAAUGGAACCCACUUGCACUUGAUAUGUUACUUUUGGUAGCCAAUUCAUUUCAUUGUAGUAGUAAUAGUAACUAUUGUUUCUGAUUCCUCAAUCAAUCAAUCAAUAUACUGUAUUCAUUUUUCUUAA